GAGCCCGGAACGACACCCAGGCUGAGCAGCCCCCUUUGGAACAAUCGACAAGUGGGAAACAGACACGCCAGCGGCAACAAAUUUAAAUGGAACUGAAAAACGAAUCUCGCCAACCGAACCCGGCUGUCUUCUCUCAGAGAUUCACCUUCAGGUUUUGUGUGCAUCCCAGGAUUUUAUAGCAACAGCUAGAGCUGAAUUUUAGAGAUCAUGGUGAGGAUCAAACCUCAAGCUCUUCUACAACAAAGCAAGAAGAAGAAGGGUCCUAGUCGUAUCAGUGUCACUACAGUUGUUCUGUACAUCUUAAUUAUUGCGGUGCUGUUUUUCGUGUUUGCCACUUACAGACAUUGGACUCAGAGGUCAAAAAUUCUAACAAUGGAUCCGUCAUCAGUUCUUGAGAGUGAAGAUGAUUUUGCAGAUGAAAGGAACUCUGGUGUUGCCAGAUAUGCUAUUUUAAGUACCACAAAAGGCUCAAUUACAGUCGAGUUAUACAAGGAAGGUUCUGCUGGGGUGGUUGAUGAGUUUAUCAAUCUAUGUCAGAGGGGUUACUUCAAGGAGAUGCCUUUUCGCCAUAUAGUUAAGAACUUUGUGAUUCAAGGAAGUAGUUUUGAUGGACCUGGAUCUACAGAAAAUUGGACUCUGAGAGGAAAGCUUAACAGCCGACAUGACACGAGCAUGAAGCGUGAGACUUUUGUGCUUGGUACUUCAAAGGCAAAACAUGACGAAGAGGGAUGGGAACUUUUCAUUACGACUGCACCAAUCCCAGCAGAUCUAAGUGAAAAACUGAUUGUGUUUGGGCGGGUCAUUAGGGGAGAGGACAUUGUUCAGGAAAUAGAAGAGGUGGAUACGGAUGAACAUUAUCAACCUAAAUCUCCUAUAGGGAUCACCAAUGUCACCUUGAAACAGAAGGUCUAAAUGGAUGUGUUUUCAGUUUGGAGCUUCUUUCAAUUGCAUGGGUUCCCCAACUUUUACGACGAAUUGCUCAAAUCAUCAAGCAACCAAGAGGUAUAUGGUGGACCUAAGCAUUUCUUGGCUUCUGUUGUAGGUAUUGACAUUGUUAUAUAUUGUACUUAGGUUGCAGUCCUUACUAGUGAUAGCAAGAAGAGCUUGUCAAUUAUGCUUUGUAAUAGGGUUCUAUCUUGAAACUUUGGUGAUACAAUUUGCCUUACACUGGACUUCAGACUUGGGAUCAUGGUUGUAGACAAAGUAUGGUGAUAUGAUAUUAUGUUGGGAUACUGGUUUUUGCUUC